GCUAGAGCUAGGAAAUUUGGCACUAUAAAAACCGACCAUAGCUUAGCUUUCCUCUCAGUCCAGGCCAGGCCAAUAUAUAUCACCUAGCUACAUCUGAUUAUCUCGUAACCGAUCUAGCUAAUCAAGAUAUAUCGAUUGGAUCAUAUGGAAGGUAAGAAAGGAGGCGGCAUGAGGCUAUUUAUGGCGGCGGCGGCUGUGUUGGUUAUAUUGUCUGGGCUGCAACCAGCUUCGGCCAACCUGAUGAAAGUGGCUUGCAUUGGGGUGUGCAUGAGAGAAUGCAGGACCGCCGGAAUUGGGCUUCCCGCCUGCCUCAAGUUCUGUCCCAUGCACUGCAUUCCGCCGCUCCCUCCACGCCAAGUUUUCCAUUGUAAUCUCGAAUGUCUUAACCAAUGUAUCGCCAGUGGUACCAUCGGGGCUGGCGGCAGCGAUGGCACCAACAUCAUAUACAGUAACAACAAAAACAAUAACAACAACAAUAAUAAUAAUAACGAUGCGGCAGAUCAACAGAAGCAGGAAAGUUGUGUGUCGAGCUGCAAAAGUGAGAAAUGCGAAACGUCUCCUCCUUAAUCACAACCAUUAAUUAAUUAAGUAGCAAGUACGUACGAGACGUAGUUGAUCGAAGACCUGCACACAGCUACAAAUGCAUGUCCUCAGCACUUCGUUUCUUUAAUUAACUCUUUCUAAAUUAUUAUUAUAUAUUAGGGUUUCUUCCUUUCAAAAUAAUUAUUGUUAUUAUUACUUAUUAAUGAUGAUUUGGGCUUCUAAUGCUUGUGGUUAAUUAGUUGAGCGUUUGUACUUUCAUUUUCAUGGAUCAAAUAUAUGUGUCUUAUGUACGUGCCAUUAUAUAUUUGUCUCAUAUAUAUAGUCAUAUAUACGGAAUGGUAUAUUAAUUAAUUGAAUUAGCGACUAAUCAAAGAGUAA